AUGCCUCUUCCCGUGGAAGAGCUUCCGCUCCUGCAAAUGGAUGAAUCACCAAGAUUCACUACAACAUCCUUACAAUUCUCUCCACACCUCAAAUUCACUUCUCUCUCUCUCUCUCUCUCUCUCUCUCUCUAUGGCCAAAGACAUCGAAGUCGGAGUGCGCGACGGCGAGUAUGCCACCAAGGAACAGCCACCGGCGAUCAACAGAGGGCCCGGCGGCGAGUAUGCCACCAAGGACUACAAAGAGCCGCCACCGGCGCCGUUGAUCGAUGCUGAGGAAAUUACCCGGUGGUCCUUUUACAGGGCUAUAAUUGCUGAGUUCAUUGCAACUCUGGUGUUCCUUUACGUCACUGUUUUGACUGUAAUUGGAUACAAUAGACAAACUGACCCAACCGAGAAUAGCGAUGCGUGCGGUGGCGUGGGAAUUCUGGGCAUUGCUUGGGCAUUUGGUGGCAUGAUUUUCGUCCUUGUUUAUUGCACUGCCGGUGUCUCCGGGGGCCACAUAAAUCCAGCCGUGACAUUCGGGCUGUUCUUGGCCAGAAAGGUGUCCUUGGUCCGAGCCAUAAUGUACAUGAUGGCUCAGUGUUUAGGAGCCAUUUGUGGUUGUGGGCUAGUCAAGGCCUUCCAAAAGGCUUAUUACGUUAAGUAUGGUGGUGGAGCCAACCAGCUCUCCCCCGGGUACAAUACCGGAGCUGGACUUGGGGCGGAGAUCAUCGGCACCUUUGUUCUUGUAUACACUGUUUUAUCGGCCACUGAUCCCAAGAGAAAUGCCCGUGAUUCUCAUGUUCCGGUUUUGGCACCACUCCCUAUUGGGUUCGCCGUAUUCAUGGUUCACUUGGCCACCAUCCCAAUCACCGGUACUGGCAUAAACCCAGCCCGAAGCUUCGGAGCAGCUGUGGUCUAUGGCAAAGAAAAAGCCUGGGACGAACAGUGGAUAUUCUGGGUUGGACCGUUAAUUGGUGCUGCCAUUGCUGCCUUCUACCACCACUACGUCCUCGGAGCGGCGGCGGUUAAAGCUUUGGGACAUUUCAAAAGCUCUACUUACUAACAACUGUGGGAGUAUUUCAAAACUUCAAGUCUGUUUUUGCAAAGGGGAUUUUGGAAUAUCUGGUGGAGUAGUAAAUAAGUAUUGGUGUGGAGGAUAGCACCGUCUGUCAAUCGGGUUGGCUUCGUGAUCUUGGCACUUGUUUUUAACCGUGCCCAAUUGUGCCGUCAACUGCUCUGUUUUCAUUUUCUUUGUUUUUUCCUGUUGGAAAGCACAUGUCAAGCUAGCACUAGAUAACUAUACCUAAAUCUCCCCAUCGCAGUGGGAUGCCUAUUUGUUGUAGUUUAUCUUUUUUUUUACACUUAUCCCU